UCUUGUCUAAUCUUCUAAACAUUCUGUGCAAUUACACAUUCUCACCAGAGAGGUCUCCAAACCCCCAAAUGUUAGAAAAUUGCGGUCUGUCUCUUUAAGUGAGAGUGAAAGUAAAAUCUGAUCAUUUCCUGGAUUACCUGCAGGGUGUGUGAGUGUGUGAAUCGGUGUGUGUCGUGUCUGGAUCUACAGUUUUGUCAUUAAUGUAAGUUUACCUGAGUCUCUACAAUAAUUCCUGUUUGAGUCAGACAGUGUGAGUAUUGUUAUCUUGGCUAAUAAGUAGAAUUAAAGGAUAGUUCUGUUCACCUUUGUCCAACAGAGAACCAGGAAACAAGAUUUUCACUUUUUAAAAUGGCAGAAGCCAAUGUUUCACUGGCUCAGGAUGAGUUAAGCUGUUCGGUCUGCCUGGAUCUCCUGAAGGAUCCAGUGGCUAUUCCCUGUGGACACAGUUUCUGUAUGGUGUGUAUUAACAAGUGCUGGGAUCAGGAGGAUCAGAAGAAGAUCUACAGCUGCCCUCACUGCAGACACACCUUCACCUCAAGACCUGUCGUGAGUAAAAACACCAUGCUGGCUGAGGUGGUGGAGAAACUGAAGAAGACGAGACUCCAGGCUGCUCCUCCUGAUCACUCUUCUGCUGAUCCUGAAGAUGUGGAGUGUGAUUCCUGUACUGGGAGAAAACACAAAGCCGUCCAGUCCUGCCUGGUGUGUCUGGCCUCUUUCUGUGAAGCGCACCUCCAGCCUCACUACCAAUCUCCAGCCUUUAAGAAGCACAAGCUGGUCAAAGCCUCCAGACGACUCCAGGAGCAGAUCUGCUCUCAGCACGAUAAACUGCUGGAGGUUUACUGUCGCACCGACCAGCAGUGUAUCUGCAUCCUGUGUACCAUGGAUGACCAUAGAGGACAUGAUACAGUGUCACUUAAAGCAGAAAGAUCUGAGAAACAGAAUCAGGUGGUGGAAACACAGAGGAAAUACAAGAAGAGAAUCCAGGAGAGAGAGAAGGAGCUUCAGGAGUUAACAGAGGCUGUGGAGACUCACAAGCGCUCUGCUCAGACAGCAGUGGAGGACUGUGAGAAGAUCUUCACUGAGAUGAUCCUCUCCAUUGAGAGAAGACGCUCUGAGGUGAGGCAGAUGAUCAGAGAUCAGGAGAAAGCUGCAGUGAGUGAAGCUGAAGAACGUCUGAAGAGACUGGAGCAGGAGAUCACAGAGCUGAAGAGGAGAGAUGCUGAUCUGGAGAAGCUUUCAUUCACAGAGGAUCACAUCCAUUUCCUCCAGAGUUUUCAGACUCUCUCAGCUCCUCCUGGAUCUUCAGCAUCACCUGCUUUUACUCUCAGUCCUCUCAACACUUUUGAAGUUGUUAUGAAGUCUGUUUCUCAGCUGAGAGUAAAACUAGACGAAUUCUGGAAAGAGGAAUUUGAGAAGACAUCAGCUGCAGUGAAGGAAGUGCAGAUCAUUUCUGAACCCCAAAGCAGAGAAGAGUUUCUGGAGUAUUCCUGUCAGCUCACACUGGAUCCAGACACAGCCAAUAAUCACCUCCUCCUGUCUGAGAGGAACACAGUGGUGACCGGCAGCAACACAGUCCAGCCAUAUUGGAUAUAUAAAUUGGGCAUUGUUAUGUGGCCUCAGGUUCUGUGUAGAGAGAGUGUGAGUGGACGCUGCUACUGGGAGGUUGAGUGGAGAGGAGAUAGAGGGGUUGCUAUAGCAGUGUCUUAUAAAAGCAUCUGCAGGCAGGGAGGAGGCGGGGAGUGUGUGUUUGGUAAUAAUGAUCAGUCUUGGAGAUUGUUCUGUGAUUCCUCCAGAUACAUAUUCAGAUACAAUAACACAGAAACUGAAAUCUCCGGAGUGCCUGUCUCCUCUAGAGUAGGAGUGUAUGUGGAUCACAGGGCAGGAACUCUGUCCUUCUACAGCAUCUCUGAUACCAUGACCCUCAUCCACAGAGUCCAGACCACCUUCACUCAGCCGCUCUACGCUGGGUUUUUGUUAGACUUCGACUCAUCAGUUAAUCUUUUACUUUCAGCAAAAUAGAUGAACAUGCAGAACAAAGAGAAGAGCUGGAUGAGAUCAGAUAAGAACUGCAGAAUCUAGACUGUAGAGCUGAUCAAAUAAAGUUAUAAUAGUGCUGGGAGAUAUUGUAAACUUAAAAAAUCUAAAUUAAAAUCAAAUAAAUCAGGUACAUAAGUACAGGUGUGUAAAAACCUGGGUGCAUGACCCUACUUAGUAUGCAGAAUGAACACAAUAUAUACAACAUAUAAAUAUAAAAUAUAAUAGAAAAACACUUAAAUUACUGUACACUACACACAUUAACUUGUUGAUUGUAGCUCAAUUCUUCAGUUCUUUAAAUAAAUUAGAUAAAAAAUAGAUUCAGUUCAGAGCUAUCAAAUUUGCAAACUAAUAUUUUAAUCACAUUUAUUUUCAAGAGAGUCAAAACAUGAUUUUAACUUUUUAGAAGUUAAAGGGGACAUAUUAUUUAAAACACGUUUUUAGCAUUUGUAUUUCCGCUUGGGUCUCAACUGACCCUAUAAAUAUUAUAAACAAUCCAAGCUCCAAAAAAUCUAUCCAUCAAUUUUCUAUAAAUCAGCUGAAAGAGUUUGGAGUCAGGAAUUAUUUGUUUCUAUGAACUGUUUGGAUACUUCCUUAUUGUAACAUAACAAUAAGGAAACCUGCAUAGAACCACCCUGGCUCCACCCCUCACACGUCAACCGCCACCAGAGUCCCACACACUAGAUCAGUUUAAGAAAAAACAUUUUGAUCAUUUUGGUUGAGAACCUCAGUUGAGACAGUACACAGCAGGAUUAGCCAGCAGACUUCGUCUGUGGGAGGGAUCUGUACCUGUGGCAUGUCAAGCUACAGUUGAUUAAUCCCUAUUGAAUAACCACAAAUCCACAGAUAAAGGAAACACAUUCAUUGAUUAAUAUUGAAACAAUUAAAUGUAAUAUACCUAUUAUUGUUGUCAUAUAAAACCAGUAGCAACUUUACAGCAAAAUGAAAUUUUGGGAACAUUUUUAUUUGUCUUUAAUUAGGAAAUAUUGACACAGUAUGAAGAUCAACAGCUGUAAAAGUAUAAAGGUAAGAUACAGUAGAUAAAAGGUUUUUGUGUUAAAAUAGUUUUAAACUAAUUAAUCUAAUAUAUGUGCUUCUAUGUUGAGUUGAUUUAUUUGAGCAUUUUAUCAUUUAACUCUACACAGUUCUCUGUAUUAAUUUGAUUUUAUUUGUAAUGUACUCAGAUUGUAUUUCUGUAAUCUUGUAAUGUUGUGGGAUAUAUCUUAUAAAUAAUAAAGUGGAAUCUGAAAGCUCAGAA